AUGCCGGCAAAAUUUAAUCAAGCAUAUUCAGAAUUAAUCCAGAAACUACCACCCUCACUAGUGCAUGAGACUUGGAAACGUCUUAUUUUCAGAAAGCGGGAUCCAAUACCAGAAGAAGAGGCUAGUGCUGUAAAUCCAUUAAUAGAAGCAUUUUUAAGACAUGAAUUAGAAUUACGACAUGCAGAAAAAGCACUUGCAUAUAUGAAACAAUAG